UGGGCGUCGUCACUCUCACAUAAACCCUAAAACCUUUACACUGGAGUGAAGAGGCAGAGAGCAAAAAAAAAAAAAACGCAGUCUUUGCGGAAUUUAAGGAAAGAGAGAAGAUGAGACCACCGAUGCGCGGCGGAGGAGGUUUCAGGGGUAGGGGAGGACGUGACGGCGGCGGUGGCGGUAGAUUCGGUGGAGGAGGAGGACGAUUUGGUGGAGGAGGAGGUCGCUUUGGUGGUGGUGGUGGUGGUCGCUUUGGUGGUCAGAGAGACGAAGGUCCUCCUGCGGAAGUCGUUGAGGUCGCAACAUUCGUUCAUGCUUGCGAGGGAGAUGCUGUGACUAAACUCUCAAAUGAGAAGAUUCCUUAUUUCAAUGCUCCGAUCUACCUAGAGAACAAGACUCAGAUUGGGAAAGUUGAUGAAAUCUUUGGGCCUAUUAAUGAAUCUUUGUUUUCUAUCAAAAUGAUGGAAGGUAUUGUAGCCACCUCGUAUUCUCCUGGUGACAAGUUCUUCAUCGACCCUUACAAGCUUUUGCCUCUCUCUCGAUUCCUUCCUCAGCCUAAGGGUCAGUCAACAGGUGGACGUGGAGGUCGUGGAAGAGGUGACGGUGGUAGAGGAAGUUUCCGUGGUAGAGGUGCUCCAAGAGGUAGAGGCCCUCCAAGAGGUAGAGGUUUUCCAUCACGAGGCGGCCCUCGUGGAAGCUUUAGAGGCCGAGGAAGAGGAUAGAUUCUUCUCCUGCUUUACUAGCCUUAUCCAACAGACUUGUACCCUUUCUUUUAUGUAUGAGUAUGACUAUCGUUUUCCCAGAUUCUCAAUUUUCAAGACUUCGGUUUUUAA